AUGUGCUGCUCGACGCGAACGAGGCAUGUGCAUUUGACAGAACUUCAUAUUAUCCAAGGCAAGGUUCUCACAAGCAAAUCAGGGACGCUGGCGUACCUUGCGCCCGAGGUCUAUGCAGGGCAGGGUUACGAUGUCCGUGCAGACUGGUGGUCCCUGGGCGUGCUCUUCUACGAGUGCAUCUACAACAAGAGGCCAUUCGAGGGCAGCUCGGAAUCAUCCCUGAGCACCGUCAUCCAAGCCGCCCGACCGAAGUUCCCCGUCACGAGCCCCCCGGUAUCAUUACCAUGCAUGUACGCCAUAAAGGAUGCCUUGGAUGCCGACCCGAACAAACGCCUUGGCUCGACAUGGGAAAGCUUCACCCAGCAUGAGUUCUUCUCAUGUAUCGACUUUGUGGCUCUCGAGAGGAAGGAGAUUGAGCCCGUGUUCGUACCGUCCUCGGAGAAGACUAACUUCGACGCGACAUACGACCUGGAAGAGCUGUUGCUGGAGGAGGCGCCGUUGGAGGCUCGGGCACGGAGGCAGAAACCUCGCGAGAGGUUGAAGGACGACGCUACAGAUAAAGAGAUCCGCGAGGAUGAGCUGUACCGCAUGAUCGACACCGACUUCCGGCCCUUUGACUACACAGUCGCAGCCUACAAGAAAAUCACACAGCAGAAAGAAAGACUCUCCACCGGGCUAGAAAUCUUCGCCGGCAGCAAGGCAAACCUGCAACCGCAUGCCCUUACAACCAAUGAAGCAACCCCCUCACCCACCUCCAACGGCGCAACAACAUCACGCCCAUCCAACGAAAACACCACCACUACUAGCAACAGCAGCAGCACCAAGCAGAAGCAGCAGCAACGCCGGGGCAACCCCCCGCCAGGGCGCUCGGCCCCUCUGGCUCCCUACCCGCAGUCGUAUACACCCAACGCCGGCAGCGGCGGGCGCGCGGGGCGGGCCUUUGCGCCGGGCAUGAUGGUCGGCAGCCCGACGGGCGGCGUGCAGGUCACGCUGGACGGCGGCAGCAGCUGGAGCGACCUGGCGCGGCAGGACGCCACCCUGCCCGCCGACGCCAGCGGCGCCAACAACGAACCCGGCAAGGACGGCGCCCGGCGGCGGCUCCUCGGGCGCGAGCGGGAGCGGCGGCGGCGUCUUUGGCUUCCUGCGCGGGAAGAAGGGCAGGGGGAAUAG